AUGGUUGCGGCAGGGAUUCUCGUGGAAGAACAAAAAGAUGGGAGAUUCUUGGCUUUGGUUUGUGUCUUCUUGUUGUGGCAGGGAGCUGCCGGGGAAGCCGACACGCGGGCCACCGCCGCCCAAGCAGCCGCCGCCCGAGCAGCCGCCGAGGAGGAAGCCCGCGGUCAAGCCGCUGCCGCCCAAGCUGCCCAGAACACGGCUACCCAGACCCCAGCCGACCCAGUCGCCACCGCCGCCGCCGCCUUGUUCCGAGCCAUGGACAAUGACACGCGCCGGAGCCUGCUCGACAAUCUCCGAGCCGUGCCGAACUACGGCGGCAAAAUCGACAACGACGCCGCCCGGAAGUGGAUCCGGGAUUGUGACCACUACUUUGCUGACCUUAAGGGUCUGACCGGGGUUCCCGCCCCCGAUGGCGCGAAGAUUAUUCACGCCACCGGGAAGUUGGUGGACGACGCCGCCGAAAGGCUCAGAGCCCACGCACGCGCCGCCAACCAAAGCGGGCAGGAACCCUUCGCCGACUGGGACGCUUUCAAACGCUGGCUUCAGCGUGAAUUCUCAGAGCACCUCUCCCAGGAAAAACUGUACGAGAGAUUCGCCAACACCACACAGGGCCAACACUCCAUCCAGGAGUAUGCGGCAAACCUUCGCCAAAUUAUCGCGGAUCUGGGAUAG